AUGAAAGCCAUGCUGCCCGCCUUCCCACCAUUUGACCCGUACUCGGACCCUACGUCACUCGCCCAGCGGUGGACGAAAUGGCAAGCCCGUUUUGAGAACUUUCUACUAGCAGCAAACAUACAGAAUGCAGCCCGCAAACGCGCUAUGCUGCUGCACUACGCAGGAAAUGCGGCGCACGACAUUUUUCUGACGCUUCCGGAUCGAGGCAAGGACUAUGAAACGGCGGUCGCGAAGCUGAACGCACAUUUCGCACCAAGAAAGAAUGCGGUCUACGAGAGGCAUGUUUUUUGUCAAGCAAAACAAAGCUCCGAAGAAACAGUGGACCAAUUUCAAGUCAGACUCAGAAAGUUGGCUGCGACAUGCGAGUUCGCGAACGAAGAACAAGAAAUCGUAUCGCAAAUGAUAGAAGGCACCAAUUCGGCUAAGCUGCGCCGCAGUGCACUACGAGAGCGCGAUGUCACGCUGGAGAAACUCAUGGAAAUAGGCCGCAGCCACGAGACAGCAGAGUUUCAAGCAACCAGCAUGGAAGGCCGCGAGCGCUUUGAACUCGCGCAGAAAGUCACAAAGAAGAAGCAGUGGCAUCGCAAUGCAUCUUCGAGUAACCAGUCAGAACACAAGCUGUCGAGCAAUCGUCCAGAGAACAAGCAAGCUGAGAAGUGCAGCUGUUGUGGAGGAGCGUGGCCUCUCAAAAGAGGGAAAUUUAGCUGUCCAGCAUGGAGUGCUACUUGCCACAAGUGUCAAAAGAAAAACCACUUCGCCAAGUUCUGCAGACAAAGACCUACUGUACACUCCAUUGACGUCACGGGCACUCCCGCAACCACACAAUAG